ACCCGUACCUAGAAGAGAGAGCCCAUGGGGCACUCCCGAGGGAGAUCAUCGGCAGCCAAAGGCCCACAGAUGCAAUGAUCGAGCUGAAGAUGUCAUCCAAGCGUGCUUCGAAGGUAACCCAUUUAAGACAAUUCCUGGUCCUUUCAAGCUCUUCUGGCAAUGCAUGCGCUCAAAACCUGGCAAAGAACCAACAGAACCAUUCUACUAUUUGCAGUUGGACCCACCAACAAGAGAAGUGAAGCUUGAGUGAUGCUCGUCUCCAAAUGCCACAUAUCUGCUUUUAGGUUGGACCCUUGUGCCCUCAUAAUUUUAAAUGUCUACAUUUUCUCCCCCAACAAGUCAGUGUGUCUUUUACAAUCCCACUUAUUUUCAGAAGAUGCAUCAUGUCCUGAACUGAAACACAUAUAGACUUGUAAAUGAGCUGAGUUGAGCUAAGUAGUAGGUUAUUCAAGCUUGAUUUAAAAACUUAACAAGCUUCCAAAAUAUGUUCAAGCUUGGCAUGUUUACUUUUCAAGCUGAUUUCAAACAAGUUUUGAUUGAGCUGA